AUGAUGCCAAGGAAACGAAAACACGCUGAGAGCACUCCACUACGAAACACUCCACGUUAUGCAGUGCUUAAACUUCAACCGGAUACUGAUUGUGUGGCACUGUUUCAGUUUGCGCUCUCUCAAGGCAUCUGCGACAUCUCAUUCGUCACGUCGCCAUUUGAAUUUUUCACAGAACCUCGUGACACCUCAUCACCACGUACCUCACGUCCAGAAAAUGCAUCACCGCUCACGACACCGUCUACCUCACAGACAUCUUCAGGUCAACCUGGGGUUUCAUUCGCAACUAACGGCGAUCACACCGAAGCCAGUUCUGACACUAUACCCUGCCUCUCGCUAAAGGACGAUAACCAAACGGCAUCAUCCCACUGUGGAUCCAUGGAUUCGGAAACACCACCUCCAACAUCUAUGGAUCAUUUUAAUACGGUCCUUUCUACAUUAUUUGGAAAAGGAGAACCAGCCAGGGAUGUCAGGAUAAUUAAUGGGCCACCACCAAAGACAACAUCUCCUCCUCCUGAAAUUCCCGGUCCAGGACAGAUCAAAUGCCGUUUAUGCGGUAUCACUGUUAGCUGCAAGAAGAUUGCAAAUCUUGCUGCUCAUGCGCUAAAAAUUCACACACCGGUACCACUAUGGAAAUGUCCAAAGAAUGAAUGUGAAUUCGACCAUGCGGAUUUCACCAGGGUUCGCUCCCAUAUCCGCACCUCUCAUCCAGAGCUCCAAGGUGAAAUUCCGCGUGACAAUAGGAAUGCUACUACCGUACCCGAGGCCCAACGCUACCUCGCACAUUGUUAUCCAUCUAUAGAUUGGACUCAUCAAUACGCUAACAUUUUCCCGACUGUAAAGAAGGACCGACGAGAUCAACCAGUAAACGAAUACAGAGAUCCAGCCGCUGAAUGGUAUACGGUAAUUGAUGAGGCCAAUAUGAACACACCAGUGCAGUGCAGUGCGUGCAAGCUUAUGGUUGCCCUUAAUAAACACAGUAUCGAGGAUCACGUGAAAACAAUGCAUACCGGUGGACGUCCAUAUCAAUGUGGGAUGUGUAAGUACACAAGUGUUGAAGAGUGGAAAGUUCGCGUACAUGCUUCUAUCAAGCAUCCAGAAACUCCGUGUCUACAGAUGCUCACCGUUGCUUCACAUAGCAAACCCUACCUCUACAUUCGUGAACUCUUUCCUGACAUUGCUGCCUUGCUACCUGAAGACGAAGUGGAUGAAAUGCUCUAUGGAUUCCGUCAACUCAAUCCAUCAGUACUCCUCUCUGUACCAACAUCUUUAAAUUCGAACACUGAUACUGCCUCGGAUAAUGCUGCCGAUUCUACCUCAUCGUCCGUUGACCUCAAACCAGUGAAAGACAUGCUACACACCUCGUGUUUUCAGCCUCCUGUUCCGCUCAAAGAAGAAACCCCUAUCCUGCCAGAUCCAUUCCAGACGAUAUUCUUAGAGCUUCUUAACAAUCAGCAUGCACCUCUUCCAAUUAAACCAUCACCUGCCCGCAAGAAUCACAGUUCUUUGUCAGUAGAGCGAUUCGGAAGCAGAGUGGAAUGUGCUAUGUGCAAAGCACCAGUAGAAAGCAAAAGAACGAUGCUUGUCGGGCAUGCCAAAUCACAUUGUCCCCAAAGACAGUGGCAAUGUCCUCAUUGUGAAACAACAGCUGCAUUCCACUCCAAACUCAAGUUACACGUUCAAAACGCGCAUAAAAGUGACGCCGAACCUAUGGAUAUGUAUUCCGCCGAACUCGAAAACAAAUGGUUAGAAUUAUUUCGUCAAUGUUUUCCGCAAUUCGCCCAGCAAUGUUUCGUAGAAGAAUGGAAAUUUCGAUCGAAACAACAACAACACUUACACAGUUCAGCGCCUGAAGACUGGAGCAACAAGGGUGUCGAAGGUGGUGAACAACUACGACGUACAAUACUUAUCGAUCCAGAUGAAUCAAAAAAAGACGAACAAAAAUCAGAAAACCACUCAUCUAGCAAUGGUGUUUGA